AUGGCGAAACGCGAUAACUACACAUUCGCGAACCAAUCCUCCAUUCCAGCCUCUCUUCCCUCAAUCUCAGACUUCUUUCGCUCCUGGGACGACCCACACUCCGCCAACUCGUACCUGGAGAUGUUCGCACCGCACGGCCAACUAGUCUUCGGCCCUACGCCGGCGAAAGGCCGCGACGCCAUCCGAGCCCUCCGCGACGGCAUGAUCCACCCGGAUAAAGGCCCGGUCGUGGAUCUCGAGCACACGCUGGGCAAGGUCUUUGUGUUGGCUGGCGCCGGCGGGGACGUCAACGGCGAGGGUUUCCUGGAGGAGAAAUCUAGUCAUGAGUUGCUGGUGAACGGGACGAUUUGGUAUCUGCUGAAGAACGGGAAGAGGAUUGAUGCGGAUUUCGCGUCGUAUAUGCAUUUUGUGAAGCAGGAGAGUGGAGAGUGGCAGGUGGAGUUGUAUAUUGUUUAUUUGGAUUCGUUGGAGUUGGUUACUGCUAUCAAGGAAAUGAUGAAUGCGUGA